AUGCGAGAAGGCGCCGGCACCGACGCACUGUCCAAGCUGGCCUUCCAUGCGGAGCGCAUCGUCCUCCUCGACAUCGUCAGCCCAAGAAGCCAAGUCAGCGACCAAAGUAGAGAAGCAAUUAAGGGUUUACAAUAUGUCAUUGAACCAGUCCAAGAUGCGGAGGAGAUUGCAUUAAAGGCCGAAAUACCUCCACUUCUGCCGCCAUCAGCGCUCUCCGCGUGCCAACUCCAUGACAAAGAAAUUCGGAGUCGAGAAGCAGGACGUAUUCACGCGAGGAACAGCUUUCCUACGACAGUCCCGUGGCUUCGUCGACUUGGCUCUGAUCUUCACUUGAAGGACAUUGGCCGGAAAAAAGACUUCUUGAGGAACUUGAUCGGUCUGGAAUACGAAGUGGAUCCGAACAAUCCGGACGAGUCGGACGAUAGUCAACUUGGGUUCAUACAUAUCACAUUCGAUUGGAUGAUCAACUACGCCAAAGCCGUCAUUACACUCGAUAUUAUUUCGUGGAAUGCUCUAUUUGAAGUUAACCGCAAAGAGCUUGACAAGGACAGGGGUAUGCUAGGUAGGAAGUAG